AUGAUCAUAGUACAGCGCUCGUGGACACCCUGGCACCCACCCAUAUUCUUGUCGCACAACGCCGUUUUGACUACGUUUUUCACUCUGCAGUAUUCUAAAAAUGCCACGCCCGGGGUGUCGUGCCAAUAUGUAUAUCUGCCUCAAAGUGUCCAGUUCAGAUCUCUUGUGUUUUUGAUCCCCAUUGGUGCCUGCCCCGAUUUUGUCAAGAACAAUGAUUAUCAUCAUCCAUCGAUUCUUCGUGUCGAUAAGGGCUUUUGGAACCCGUUUUUUCCUGAGAAAGCUCAGGACAUCGUCGACUACCACUAUGAAAAGUACAUCAAACGGUUGGUCAAGACCCGGCAAAAUCCUCCGGGAGACAUCAAUCUUUCUGCCAGCAAAUGGACAGAGGGCCACCUCUACCUUCUUCGCGUUAUUAUUUCCGAUGUCAGGUUGGAGGGCAAGGAGAUGCUGACAUCAUUACAUGACAAGAAGGCUUUUAAAAAGGCGAAUAAACAUAUAGAGACCAACAACCGGCUUCAGAGCGCAUUAAGUGCUCUAAAGGGCUCACAACACCACCUCCCCAACACACAUAUCAUGAUACUCCUGGAGGAAAAGGGUAUCCCUCAGGCUUUCAGCUUUUACGCGAGUCUUAGGGACCAGCUGGAGCCGAUGGUGCAUUAUUCUCCGGAUGACCAUGACAUUGACGAAGAGGCUGACGUCUCAGAGGUCAACGAGCGAAAAGAUGAACGCGUCCCAAACUACAUUUAUAACCUUCUUCCGCCAGCACCCGCGACCCCCGCAAUCGUAAUGACAAGGCUAGCAACCAAGCUUGCAAAUGAAGAACGAGAGAGGGUUAGGCUGGGCAAUCGGGACCGGGAGGAGGCUGAGCAAAAGAAGCAGCAGGACCUUGCUGAGGAAGAAGAGGAGAAGCGGCGCAUGGAAAGGGACGACACGGAUGGUCUUAACUUCCUCAAAGAUAUGGAUUUCGAGGGCCCCUCGAUAAGCUCCAUCAUUUCCAAUGAUGAGGAGACUGAGAAGGAAAGGGAAAAAGACGAGCUUGUCACAACGAAAAUGGUGGAUGUUUUCAUCACACUCAUCUUUACACUCUUUUACAGGUCCGGGAACGACGCUUCAAUAAAGAUAAAUAAGGGCAAACUCUUGCAGAUGAGUCCAGGUUCUCGCCAAUCCUAUCGACACUUUUCUCUUGCCCAAAGGUUUUACAAGGUGAAAACCCUUUUCGGCAACUUUAAUUCAAAGACGGAUGGCGGGGUAUACGAAGCCCGCUGGGGAGAGGGAAAAUGUCGGCGUCCAGACGACCGCGAUACUGUUCCCAACAUAAUUGAUAUGGAGGCCAAAGCAGCAGGCGCCUCAGAGCCGCUCCCACAACAUGUUGCCGAGCUUAUCGCUCAUAUCUACACGAGAUUAAAGCUCAUCUACAACUCUAGUGGCAAAUUCACGUCGUACGACAAGUUAAGCAUGGCCCAGAGAACCGCAUAUCUCUUCUGCUUCCACCAGACAAAUUUUCGAGUUGUCUGGGCCGAAUUUACGCCAGAGUACCUUGCCUUUCUUUUUGGUCCACCUGUGCAAGCAUUCAUGGUGGAAGAAUCGAAACUCAGUCGAAAACAGCCAGUAAUAAAGAAAAAACCUCAAACGGAGAACUCGCCGAUUCUGAAGGUCUUCGCCUCUGAAGAAAUGCACAUGAUCUUUGCUGGCACACGCAGAAAGGCAGCGCUUGCAAUUCUUGCCCUGGGAAUAUACAAUCAGAACUAUGGCGAGAUAGCGAGGUCCUGA